CUGCUAGUAUUUGUCAGUUAGAGACCCGCUGACUUAAAUUACUUGGAGCUAAAAGUCUUGUUUAAGAUUCAAUUCUUAAAAAGUUCCCUUAAAUUGAAGGGAAGUCACUCUUCAUAUUUUUCCUGUGUGUAACCACUAGAGGCGCCACUUUACAAAUAUUUAUCAUUGCUCAUGCACGCACAUGUAUACACGCAAAUGAAUUAGUGGGUUGGAUAGAAUAUCCUAAAUGUCUUAAUUCAACGGUGUGGUGAUGAAUAUAUCGAUUUGGUUGUUUAGCUUUUUACAGUGUUGAAUGAAGAGACAGAAGACAUUGUUCCGAUAAGGUAAUUACUGUCAUAUUGUCAAUAUAAACAGUUUGGUUUGAUUACAGUAGUUAUUUUACUGUUAGUGAUAUUUUGCUUAAAUCAUGGACCGGCGAUCUUUGGGGCGGAAUCCUUCGUUAUUGGUACAUGACGUCAUUCACCCACACAACCCUCUCUCAUGAUAUAAAGAGGCUAGGCUGAAAAAGAGAGUGGAUGAUGCCGUUUCCUCAUAUCGACAGAGUAGACUAAUAUCGAAGGAGCGCCAGAAAAUAUGGAAAACGGCGAUCUUUCGAUACGAGUCCGAAAUAUCGGCCUUUUCCGUAAAAAGUUUCUUCGGACUCGUAUCGAAAGAUCACCUGGAAAACAUCUAGUUUUCAGAAAGUUAUGAGGAAACAAAUCGAAGGGUAUAAAUUAUCCGAAACUCCUGUCCACCCGUUCGAAAAACCUUUUCCACAACAAAUUCUGGUAUAACCCGAAUCUAUACCAUCUAAAAUGUAUCACUGGAAAAUAUUGAAAAAUAUGCAUUUUCCAGAUAGUUAUCAGAAAACAUUAUGCCGAAGAGGGGAUGGUUCACAUUCUACCAGCACGAACACUUGGAGGGUGGAUUUUAGCUAUUAUGAAAGUGUUCACGAAUCUUAUUCGUCUAUAUGAAAACAAUAUAUUUAUUUAAAUAUAUGCAUUUUUCAUGCUACAUAAUAAUAUUCAAUUUUCUGAAAGUUAUGACCUUCCAAAUUCUGGUUAUACUUUAAUGUUGGACAGUUUUGCACUAGAGGACUUUGUAAUUUUCCCAAUGUUGGUGAAAAUUAUCAGAAUGUGAUAUUUAUCAGUAUAAAUGACAACAAUAUAACAAUGUUGUUUACUAAUCAAAUUAUUAAAAUAAGAGUAACCACAAUUACACUUUGAAAGAACACAACAUAUUACAAUUAAGCUACCCACAAAAUAUUAUAAUUAAGUCAUCCAAAACUGUCUUUUAUUUGUCUUUUGCUUUCUGUUGAAAAUAUGUUCAUAUUUCAACAAUAAUACACUGUAAUUUUCUGAAAGUGUGUCAGAUUUCACAAAAUGGUUCAAACACCAGAAAAACUAUACAAGUGUGAAGUUUAUGUGAAAACAGUUUCUCAAAAGAAUCUUCUGCCUGCAGAUGAAUGUGUUAAGAUCAAGGGAACGUAUUACUAUUGUGAGUUUUGUAGGAAAGUUCUUUCUACUGAUGAAGAAUUAAAUGUUCAUAAACUCAUUCAUUCAGGAGAAAGACCUUACCCAUGUGAAGAUUGUGGGCAAGCAUUUGCUCAGAGUAGUGAGUUAUCAUCUCAUAAGCAGGAUGUUCAUGUGAAAAACAAACGCAAACACUGUGAAAUAUGUGGAAAAUCAUUUUCCAAAAAUAGUCAUCUCUCGAGUCAUAUACGUACUGUUCAUCUGGGAGAAAAGCCCUACCACUGUAAAAUUUGUGGGAAAUCCUUUACAACAGCAUUUGGCUUGUCAAGCCAUCAAAUUCUCCAUACAGGAGAUAAACCUUAUAUUUGUGAAAUUUGUGGUUCUGCAUUUUCAUUUUACAGUAACUUGGCAGGACAUAAACGUAUUCAUACUGGUGAGAAACGACAUCGCUGUGAAAUUUGUGGGAAAAAAUUUUCUAGGAACUGUGACCUUUCAGUGCAUAAAUGUAUUCAUACAGAUGAAAAACCAUUUUGCUGUAAUAUCUGUGGGAAAGUAUUUUCUAGAAAUAGUUCAUUAAAAGUUCACAAAUACACUCAUACUGGUGAAAAACCAUAUAAAUGUGAUAUUUGUGGAAAAGCAUUUCCUAGAAAUCAAGACCUUUCAGUUCAUAAAUAUGCACAUACUGGUAAAAAACCACAUCAUUGUAAUAUUUGUGGGGAGGCAUUUUCUAGAAAGAGUUCAUUAAAAGUUCAUACAUAUACUCACACAGGUGAAAAACCAUACAAAUGUGAUAUUUGUGAAAAAGCAUUUCCAAGAAACCAUGAUCUUUCAGUUCAUAGAUAUAGCCAUACUAAUGAAAAACCAUACCAUUGUAGUAUUUGUAGAAAAGGAUUUUCUAGAAGUGAUUCUUUAAAACGACAUAGAUACACUCAUACUGGUGAAAAACCAUAUAAAUGUGAUAUUUGUGGGAAAGCGUUUUCUAGAAAUUGUGAUCUUUCAGUUCAUAAAUAUAUGCAUACUGGUGAAAAUCCAUAUCAUUGUAGCAUUUGUGGAGAAGUAUUUUCUAGUAAUAGUUCGUUAAAAGUUCAUAAAUAUACUCAUUCUGAAGAGAAACCAUACAAAUGUGAGAUUUGUGGAAAAGCAUUUCCCAGAAAUUAUGACCUUUCAGUUCAUAAAUAUAGCCAUACCGGUGAAAAGCCAUACAAUUGUGAUAUUUGUGGGAAAUCAUUUUCAAGAAAUGAUUCUUUAAAACGUCAUAAAUUUUCACAUACUGGAGAAAAACCAUACAAAUGUGACACUUGUGACAGAGCAUUUUCUAGAAACUGUGACCUUUCAGUUCAUAAAUACAGUCAUAUUGGUGGAAACCUACAAACAUGACACUUGUGGAAUAACAUAUUUAAUAUUUCAUUAACAAGGCAUUGGAUUCACACUGAAAAAACAAUUGAAUCUCUGAGUCAUUUGUAGAGGAAUUUUUACUUAAUGGAAACGUUAGCAUGCCAGUAUUUCGUCUGCCGUUACGUUCUGAGUUCAAAUUCCGCCAAGGUCAACUUUGCCUUUCAUCCUUUCGGGCUCAAUAAAUUAAGUACCAGUUACGCACUGGGGUCGAUGUAAUCGACUUAAUUCGUUUGUCUGUCCUCUCUAUGUUUAGCCCGUUGUGGGUAAUAAAGAAAUAGGAAACUUAUUCCAGUAUAAUUGAGGUGGAAUAUUUAUAUAUUAAACUUUUAUUUUUAUUGAAAUAAACUUUCUUAUGUACUUACUAUGUAAAAUAUAGUUUUUUUUUUAUUUUAUUUUACCCUCUGCUGAACUCAACAAAUUUUCAUCUUAUCAGAUCAAUAUAUCUGAGAAACCACUUCUAUAAUACACCUCACAUAUUUGAACUUACUGUCUCAUUGUUAUUAGUAUUUUUACUUUAAAAAUAUUCUAAUUGUAUAUCAGACAUGUUUCUUUUACUCUAUUUCAAUUAAAAGAUAAUUUUACUUGAGUAAAAGCUGUCUUACUGCCCUUGUCUUUGAUCAUGUCUACAUUGACAAAGUAGUCUUGUAACAUGUUACCUGUUAAAAUGAUCUGUUGCAGGCCUCUCCUUGCUCCAUAUCCAAUAAACUCUAUUGUGUGAUUCAGCUUAAUUCUCAGCACCCACCCCUUUUGUAUAUUUAUAACCUCACUGACACUUCGAACUAUACACUUUUCUUUAUCCCACUUGUACACCUUAAUAAUCUUUAGUGCACAAGUGUCAUUUACAUAUAAUGUAAACACUUCACAUGAAACAUACUCUACUUCCAUGAACAUAAAUCCUGAAAACAACUUCAAAUGAGUGCAUCACAAGGCAGUUCUUAUUUGACUGAAUAGAACAGAAAUACAAUCACAACACAGUAUUGUGUCUAAUCACUUGUAGUGAGCUGCAGAUAUAGCUGUGUCAUUCCCAACUGGUUUUGACUUCAGUCCCAUUGCACGUCACUCAAGAAGUUUGCUUGACAACUAUGAGAUGUCAGUUUCAGUCUCACUGCAUUGCACUCUGCGUUAGUGUCUCCUAUCAUAAUCUUGGAUUGACUGAAACGUUGUCAAUGAAAUUUGAGGGAGAAACUGUGAAAGUCCAGUAAAAUGACUAUAACUACCCUUGGAUGAUCAUGAAUUUAUUGCUGUUUAGCAUUAUCACCUAGCUUUUCUGCACCUGCAGCAGAGUACACUCUUUUGCAAGCAUUUGGGCCUAGAGUCCGUUGGUCAGAUUAACUGGAACCCUCGAUGUCGUAAGUGACGGAGUGCCAACAACAACAAUAUAUAUAUAUAUAAACAAAUAGUAAAUGAGUAUAUGCAUAUAUACGUACAGGUGUUUGUGUCAGCUGUGAGUGCUUUAAGCGUCUUCUGUGUGUGUGUGUGAUUUUUUUAUGUUGUUGAUAAUGAUGUCUAAGUUACACUUUAUGUUGCAAAUACACCAUUUCGAGCGUGGCCGUUGAUCGUUACCAACAUCGCCUCCCUGGCACUUGUGCCAGUGGCACGUGAAAAGACAUUCGAGCGAGAUCGUUGCCAGUGCCGAUGGACUGGCUCCUGUUCAGGUGGCACGUAAAAUAUACCAUUUCGAGCGUAACCGUCGCCAGUACCGCCUGACUGGCCCUCGUGCCAGUGGUAUGUAAAAGCACCCACUACACUCUCUGAGUGGUUGGCGUUAGGAAAGGCAUCCAGCUGUAGAAACUCUGCAAAAUCAGAUUGGAGCCUGGUGUCGCCUCCUGGUCCACCAGUCCUCAGUCAAAUCGUCCAACCCAUGCUAGCAUGGAAAGCGGACGUUAAACAGUGAUGAUGAUGAUGAUUAAAGAAGGGAGAUGGUGGGUUUGGUAAAUGCUGCAAAUAGUUGAUCAGCAUGUUUUCAAUGUAACUGUAUUUUUCAGACAUUCUUGUAUAUAGUAUAUGUUUACAUGAAUAAAAGAUAUUGUGAAGAAGGCAGAGAAACUUGGCCAUAAAUUCAACAAUUUUAAUUUUAAAAAAAGUCCAAGCACAAAGGGAAGUCACUCUUCAUUUAUAUUUUCUCAGAUGUAACUACUAGGGGCGCCACCUUAUCCAUGAUAAAUAUACUUCAACAGAAAUGCAUACACACACAUGUCGAUAUAAUUCACAUUUCAUUGGGAGGCUGAAUUAAACAUGCUAAAUGUAUAACGUAUAGCUGGUGAAAUGAUGUAUGUUUUCUCAACUCGAAAGUUUCGCUGUACAGCUGAAAGGAGAAGAUAAGACGGUGUUCUGAUUCUGAAUUUCUGAUGUUCAAAACAUAACUUGAAGGCUGUUAAAAUGUAAAAGCAUAGAAAGAGAGGGGUUAAAAAAAAAUCAUGCAGGAUUGCUUUACCAGAGCAUCAUUUAAUCAACCAGCAGUAAGAUGAAAAGCAAUGCACUGAUGACUCUACCAAUCCAAAGCCAGUCAAGUUAUACAUAAUUCAUUGAUGACCAAAUAGAAUGCUUGACUGCUGGCACAGUUUCAGUUCCCACCUCAUAAUUUUACUUUUUACACUUUAUUUUACAUUCACCUUCAGUAGAUACACAGAAGUUUCAAUAUUUCUUUGAAAAUAAUUGUAAGAUAAACAAAUACCAGAUAAAUUUUACAUUGUGAAGGGAAAAGAGUUUUUCAAAAGAAUAUUUUGUUUACAUAGAAAUGUAUUGUGAUGGAAGAAACAUAUUACUAUUGUGAAUGUUGUUGUGAAAUUCUUCCUAACAGUGAAGCAUUAAAUGCUCAUGAGCUCAUUCAUGCAGAAAAAAGACCAUACCAAUGUGAAGAUUGUGGGGAAGCAUUUGCACAGAGUAAUGAAUUGUUAUCUCAUAAAUGUACUUCUGAUGCAGGAGACAAAUGUAUGCAGUGUGAAAUUUGUGGUGAAUCAUUUUCUCGUGACUGUGAUCUUUCAGUUCAUAAAUGCAUUUAUACUGAUGGGAAACUGUUCAGUUGUAACAUUUGUAGUAAAAUAUUUUCUAGGAAGAGUUUAUUAAAAUCUCAUACAUAUACUCAUAUGGGCAAAAAACCUUACAAAUGUGACAUUUGUGGGAAGGCUUUUCCAAGAAACAGUGACCUUUCAGUUCAUAAAUAUAGUCAUACUGGCAAAAAACCAUACCAUUGUAGAAUUUGUGGAAAAGCAUUCUGUAGAAAUGAUUCUUUAAAACGUCAUAAAUACACUCACACUGGUGAGAAACCAUACAAAUGUGAUAUUUCUGGGAAAGCAUUUUCCAGAAACCAUGAUCUUUCAGUUCAUAACUAUAGUCAUACCAGUGAAAAAUCAUACCAUUGUGAUAUAUGUGGAAGAGCAUUUAUAAUGAAUAGUUCAUUAAAAGUUCACAAAUACACUCAUACUGGUGAAAAACCAUAUAAAUGUAAUAUUUGUGGAAAAGCAUUUCUUAGAAACAGUGAACUUUCAAUUCAUAAAUAUAGUCAUACUGGCAAAAAACCAUACCAUUGUAGAAUUUGUGGAAAAGCAUUUUGUAGAAAUGAUUCUUUAAAACGUCAUAAAUACACUCAUACUGGUGAGAAACCAUACAAGUGUGAUAUUUGUGGAAAAGCAUUUUCUAGAAACCAUGAUUUUUCAGUUCAUAACCAUAGUCAUACCAGUGAAAAAUCAUACCAUUGUGAUAUAUGUGGAGGAGCAUUUACAACGAACAGUUCAUUAAAAGUUCAUAGGCAUAUUCAUACUGGUGAAAAACCAUAUAAAUGUGAUAUUUGUGAGAAAGCAUUUCUUAGAAACAGUGAACUUUCAAUUCAUAAAUAUAGUCAUACUGGUGAAAAACCAUUCAAAUGUGACAUUUGUGGAAAAGCAUUUUGUAGAAGUAAUUCUUUAAAACGCCAUAAAUUUACUCAUACUGGUGAAAAACCGUAUAAAUGUGACAUUUGUGAUAAAGUUUUUUCUAGAAACCAUGACCUUUCUGUUCACAUAUACAGUCACACUGAGGAAAGGCCUUAUAAGUGUGACAUUUGUGGAAAAGAAUUUUCUAGAAACUGUGACCUUUCUGUUCAUAAAUAUAGUCACACUGGUGAAAAACCGUACAAAUGUGAUAUUUGUGAGAAAGCAUAUUCUAGAAAUAUUUCAUUAAGAAGACAUAAGAAGAUUCACUGAGGGAAAACAACCAAAUCUGAGCAGCAAUUUCAUUGACAUAUGUUUGAUUUUUAUUAAAUAAACUUUCUUACAUGCCAACCAAUAAAUUACAGGUUAUCCCAUUAAGUUGGAAAAUUUUCUACCAGAAGGAUUCAACAGACUUAGUUGAAAUAAACUCUGUAACAUUCAUCAGCAUUUUUCUUUUUUUAGAUUAAAAAUGUGCUAAACAUCCUGAGCUGAAUAGUAAGAUAACUGUGACCAAAUUUUCAAUUUAAACUGACACAAAAUAUUACAAAUGAGUCCUCUGAAGUAAACACCAAGAGAUUUAGAUAGAGAAGAUAUAGUUCAGUGUGAAACUUGUUGGAACAUUUGUAUUUUUAUUGAAAUUUCUUUUGUGUUUGUAAAUGUGUUCAUAAUUCAUCAAUAUUUUGAAAAAUUGCUAUAUUUAACAUGAUUUAAAUACCUGAUACACUUUUCUGGUGUGAAGUUUAUGUGAAAACAGUUUUUCAAAAGAGUAGUUUGUCUGCAUGUGAAUGUGUUAAGAUGGAGGAAAUAUACUACUGUGAAUUUUGUAAUAAGUUUCUUUCUACCAGUCAAGCAUUGAAUGCUCAUAAGCUCAUUCACUCAAGGGAAAGACCUUAUCGAUGUGAGGAUUGUGGGGAAGCAUUUACUCUGAGUAAUGAAUUAUUAUCACAUAAAUGUGCUUUUCAAGUAGGAGACAAACGUAAGCACUGUGAAAUUUGUGGUAAAUCAUUUUCUAAAAAUUCUAACUUAUCAUCUCAUAAACGUGCAAUUCAUGCAACAGAAAGACCGUACCACUGUGAAAUUUGUGGAAAAUUAUUUUCUCUAAAAGGUUGUGUAUCAACUCAUAUACGUACUGUUCAUAUUGGAGAAAAGCCUUACAAGUGCAAUGUUUGUGAAAAAAUUUUUUCUAGACAAUCAUCAUUAAAAUAUCAUAGCUACCUUCACACAGGAGAAAGGCCCUACCAUUGUGAAGUUUGUGGGCACACAUUUACUAAAAUGACAAUCUUAAAAAAACAUAAACGAGUACACACAGGCGAAAAACCAUACACUUGUGAAGUUUGUGGAAAAGCAUUUUCUAGAGGAUUUAGCUUAAAAAGACAUCGAAUUCUUCACACUGGAUUAAAACCUUAUAUUUGUGAAAUCUGUGGGACCGCAUUUUCUGAUUACAGUAACUUAACCAGUCAUAAACGUGUUCAUACUGGUGAAAGGCCAUACCAGUGUGAAAUUUGUGGGAAAGCGUUCUCUAGAAACCGGGAUCUUUCAGUUCAUGAAUAUAGUCAUACUGGUGAAAAACCAUAUCAUUGUGAUAUUUGUGGGAAAACAUUCUAUGUUUAUAAUCACUUAAAAACUCAUAAAAAUAAUGUCCAUUUUGGAGAAGUGCACUAACACUGAAAUUUGGGAAAAUAUUUCAUUGGUUGUAUUUAUUUAAAAUGCAGAAGCAAAUUCACAGAUGAGAAAAUGCCUACCAUAUCAUUUUGCACCUAUGUCAGCUACCUAGGAAUUAUUUUUCUAAAAGUUCUAAAACAUCUGUAUAUAGUUUUCAUUUCAACUAGAAUUUAUAGGAAAGUAACUGUCAUGACCAAUGGAUUUUAUUCAGUUCUUCAGAUAUACUUCCUUCUUAAGUAUGUUGGAGGUAUAUAUCUCACUUACAUAUUCAAUUUGGCAUGGUUUCUAUGGCUGGAUGUCCUUCCUAACAAUAGUAUGUAUAUAAUGUAUAGCAGUACAGUAGACCCAUUAUAUCUUGACACCAGCUCUGGUAAGGCUACUUUAUAUCCUGCAAAGCUUAAUAGUCCUUACUGCUCUACCACUCUCCAGCUAUCUAUAUGGCUAUGGUGUGGCCACACUUGGAAUUUGAAUCACCAGUCUGGAACCCCUAUCUUGCUCAGAACAUUGACACCCUGGAAACUGUUCAGAGACAUGCAACCAACUGAAUACUUUCCAUCAGGCAUCUACCAUACUCUGAACGCCUUGUUUCCCUGGGCAUAGAUACAUUGAAGCUCUGAUGUCUGGCAACUGACUUGGUAGACGCCCACAAGAUUAUCCACCAUCUUUCCAACAACAACCUUGAGCACCUUUUUGAAUUCCAUGUAUCUAUCACAUGUGGGCAUGCCUCCAAAGUCAGAAAACAGCACAGCUCCUAUGACUUUUGCAAACAUUUUUUUCACACUCGGAGUUGCUGAAGCAUGGAACAAACUACCUUCAUUAGUUGUUAGUUGCUAAGACAUUGCUUCCUUUAAAACCGCCAUGCUUCCUGAAAUUCGUCAACACUGCACCUGAUAUCCUCCCUCCAUAUGUAUGCAGACAUGUAUAUCAUGAUUCAUACACUGUUCACUUUCCUGACAUUUGUACAUAAUUCUAUGUACUAUAUAUGCACCUUUGAUAAGUUGUAGUGCGCCUGAGCACUACACACAGUAAUUUCAUUAUUAUUAUUAUUAUUAUUCAAGGCAGCUUGACUAAGAGGCUGGAAAGAACAGAUAGAGCAUGAACAAGGGUGAGAGGGCAAAAGAACUGAAAGUAUGAUAGAAGAAACAGAAUAAUUUGAAUAAAAGGUGUUAAAAGAGGGAAUGGUAAGAGAGUGCUAAGAAUGAUAAUAAAAGGGGGUUAUAAUCUGGUAGCUGGGUCAUGUCUUCUUGCUGUACUGUGAGAACAGUUCAACCCAUCUUCAAACGUUCAGUCACCAAGGUGAAGACGAUGAGGAUCUGUCAGUGACCACCCACCUUAAGUUUAUUAUAAUUCUCCAAGACAAAACUGGCUGUUCAUGAGAACUCUAGUAUACUGAUGGCCUAGUUCUUAUAUAAAUUGUAGAUAUGGAAACAAUGGCUAAAAUCAAAUUGACAUCAAAGUAAACUAACAAAAAAAAAAAUUUUAGAAAGAACGAAAAUAAAAAUAGGCUUCUUGUUAUCAUUGUUGAGAAAUGAUGUAACUGACGUUUGAAAUUUUGUAUCUCAUUGUUAUUAAAGUAGUUUUAAAUGCCAACAA